CGUGCUUUUCGAUUACUCACGAAGACGGUAAACUUUGUCUUGAGAUAGUCAGUUAUCUUCAAAGCUCUAGACGGGAACGGCUCCGUCAUAGGAGCCUAAUGGGCCAGAACAAAUCGAGCAUGGCAGAUGAUUCAGUUCGAUUUCAGAGCCAUCUUCACACAACACCGUCUUCAGCUGCCCGGAUGUCUACAAGACAGCCAAUCAAGCCGGAUCCGUUGGAGCUGCAGCCAGUCAAACAAACAGCAGACAGACUCCGCGCUGACAUUGCACAUACGGGUAACUUGGACCCCUUUGAUGAUUUUCUUCCCAGCAGGCCAAGAGCUGCGAUGACGACACUUCACUCGCCUCACAUGUCGGCUGACGGCACAUCUAACGUUUUGGAUGGUUUAGAAAUUAUUUCUGUUGACGAGCCGGAAGGAAAUGGAAGGAAACCGAUUGCUGCUGCUGCUGCUGCUGCUGCUGCAAGAGAAGGCGUGGGCGCGGUCAGUGAAAUGAGUGACGAAGAAAUUGCUUGGAAAUUGUGGCGUGAGGAGAAUGAAGCUGUACAGCAACGUUUGCCUGGUAGAUAUCAUGCCGAUGAUGAGCAGCUGGCGAGAAUUCUGCAAGAAGAGUUUGAUCUAGAAGCGAGGCAUAUACGAGAGCAAAAUGUCAUUGCUCAGAUUGAAGAACCUAUGCCACAACAUGGAAUUAGGAUAAUUCAGGAUAGUCAGAGACGAUCAGUCCCAGUAAUGAAUAAUUUGCAGUCUACACCUCUGUCAGAUCAUGCUAAGGAGAAGGAUGGUGUACACAUAGAAUCAGAGCAUCAUCGCAUGAGAGAACAACUAGACAGGGACUUGCUCGACAUAGACACUCCAGAGCAAGCAAGGAAGACACAAGGAACAACAGACACGUCAACAGAAUCAUCUCUAGAUGAAAUAACUACGGAAGACGUACAUCAAGAACUAAUUAAUCCAUUGAGUUUGAACAACAGCACAAGUCAAGAUUAUGUUCAAUUGUCUGAAGAUCGGCGAGCGGCCGUUGCUGAUACACCACUAUCGAUGAUCAAUGACUUUCGAAGUGAGAUUACCAUAGAUGACGAAGAGCAACCUACACUGGAGAUUAUUGAAAGCACACAUCUACCACGGUCACAAAGAGAGAGAGUUGAACUCCCAACUCCUCCAUUACAGCAUCGUUUUGCACGACCGGGGCAAGCAGAUGUUGAGGAGCAUCCUCUUCUGCAACUAAUACGUGCUAUGCGGUCGCCCACCUCCUUCGAGGAUCUAAUCGAUAUUGAAGAGAGGCUCGGAUGCAUGAUGAGAGGAGCAGAUGAAAGGAUGAUCAGAUCGACAACCUUUGCUCACAAGUUCAUUAAAGGCUCUGCUGGUGAAGACAACAAGUGUACAGUCUGUAUGUGUGAAUUUGUGGAAAAAGAGGAUGUCAGGCGACUGCCGUGCAUGCAUUUGUAUCAUGUCGAGUGCAUCGACGAAUGGCUCAAGCGCAAUAGGAUCUGCCCUGUCUGCAGAGUACGGAUUGAUGCACAGUAGAUCAUGAAACACCACAAACCGUGAACUGUCGGUAUGACAUACUACGGAUAGUGUUACAUCUAAUGUGUUUAGUUCAGUAAAUUCUGCUUAGCCGGCAUUUGUAUGGCCAAGUUUUGUAGGCUCAUGAAUGAGCAAUAUUGAGCUUUGGGUUUUGCUUUUGUGGCAUGUAACAUGCAGUAAGUCUAAUAAUCUUGUCUAAUGAUGAA